AUGGAGGGUUUCCGCUUCGCUUGCACGGUCUUGCUGCUGCUUGUAUUGUCUGCUAAAGGAAGGGAAGAUGGGAUUGCUUUGCCGGCUUGUGACGGGCGAGGGAGAAUCCGAUGCGAAGAUGGAAUGCAAUGUAUUGAUAAGCGGUGGAUGUGCGAUGGGCGGUACGACUGUGAGGAUCGCUCCGAUGAAAGCCCAAAAAUUUGCAAGCGCACCAAGCAGGUUGUGUCAUCAGGUGCUUGGCCACUUGGUGGCCUUAGUGGCGGUUGUUUAACAAAGUGGUUCGCGUGCCGCGAUGGCGGAUGCGUAGCGCCAGCCUCCGUUUGUGAUGGUAGAAGGGAUUGCCGCGACGGCUCCGACGAAGCGGCCUUCUGUGUUCAUUUCAAUACCAAGAUGCGCCGCAAAGACAAAGACUCAAUUGUGUAU